AUGGCGGACGAAGACGGAGCUUACUUUUUGGAACGUAUCCUUUCAUUCUUUAAGUUCUUGGACUUUUCUUCUUCGCUAAAUAUAAAGAAAACAACUUUUUAGAUAAAAUGUAACAUGUUGCUCGUACAGAGGGGUGAUCUAAAAUGUCUAAUUUAAAUUAUAAACAUAUUUAGCUGACCUAAUUCACGCGGGAAUUCUGGUGGUUAGCUUGUAUUUCAAGUGCACAUAUAAACAUUAAGGUUUUAGGUGAUUAUGAUCAAUAAAAAUGCAUUACAGUAGGGAGAAAAAUAUCAUAAUGAAGCAAAUAUCAAGUGAUAGAAAUCUAAAACCGGAGUUUUCGGUAGGUUACGAGUUCAUGUGGGAUGAAGGUAUCGAUGAGCUUUAAAAUACAGCUAGUCUGAUAAGGGCUUUGCCUGACAUUUCAAUGUCACAUGGUAGCCUGUCAACCCUGUAUAAUGAAUUAGAGCGCAUGCGAAGAAUAUGAGGGUGAUUAUACCGAGAAACGUGCUUCUUUUACACCAAAUGAGCUUGCUGACAAAGAACAUGCAUGAGAGAAUCACGAAAGACUUUUCACUGAUCUUUAACGAAUUUAGAGUCGCUCCUUCGUAAUUUAUGUGCAAUAUAUACAAGGAUUUUGUCAAAUACAAUUGUGGUGAUAAUGUUUGGUAACUAUCUUAGUUGAAUACCUUCUUCAAAUAAGUAUUGACCAUUUAUGGCUGCCAUUCAGGUGGGGAACUAAACACUGGCCCCCAGUUCAUGGACUUCAAUACCCCUAUGGACUACCCUAGAAUGGACUAAGGCCACUGAAAUUUAGUGAUUAGGGUUAGAAGAUUCAGUGAUUCCAUUUCAGGUCAUCAUACUAGGAAAACUGGCCUGAAACUUGAUUGACUCAGUGUCCCAACCCUAAUCACUAAACGUCAGUAGUAUAGUCCACUUUGGCUUGGGGUAGUUCAUUAUGGGUAGUCCAGUUGGGGAUAGUCCAUGGACUAGGGCUCAGUGUUUUGUCCUCCACCUGCUGAACAUGAUUUUCUUGAGGAUCGAACAUGUAUGGCAGCUGAACAUGUACAUAUCAUGCGCUUUUUCCUGGAGUUAUUUGUUUUCUUUAACUGCUUUUCACUGACACUAGAGGUGACAGUUCCCGAUGACAGCGACGAUGAGUUUGCCUAUGAAGAGGUUAGAUUUUUCCUAUUUGGGUAUACUUUUUGACACAUUAAGCAUUCAAGUAGUGAGUAUAGAAAUACAUGUGAAAUUCCACAACUCUGGAGUACCGAUUUUUGUCCUGUUGAUAAAUAUAACUAAAAGGAGUGGCCAAGCUUAAAAAUUGAGAGCUGAAGAGAUGGUGAAACCGUUGUUUAAAACUCUAAGACUUUGCAGUAAAAAUUUCAAGACUCUUUAUACUCAUCAGGUAAAUAGGCUUGGGGCCACUUGUGCCAGGAGUACUGUGUGCUCAUUAUUUUCCCCUAAUAGCAGCUGACAUAAUUGUGCUCAAAAGAUACAUGCAGAAAUAAAUUAAUACACAAAAAUGAGACUUCAAGAUUUAACACGAAUGCUUUCCAGAUCUCAAGAUUGGAUUGAAUAUAAAUGCUUUGAAGCAAUUGAUUUUUAUUUGUACAAUGUAGGUAUGUUCAUCAUUCACUAUCAUUACUAAUCAAGCCAAACAGUUUCCCUCUAUAUUUUAGACCUUCAAAUAUUCCUGUGGUUCCUUUAAUUUUUAAAGCAAACAAAGACGUUUUUUCAAACAAUAAAUUAGAUUAAGAUUUGACUGAACUAUUCAUUGUUCCAUCUUUUUUUUAAUAAAACUAACAAUACCAUUUGUCUUACUUAUCUUUCUAGGUUCCUUUGGAAGAUGAGUACUCAGUCACAGGUAAAUACAGAUAGAUUGUUACCAUGCAACUGCUUUUCCCAGUGCUUAUAUAAAUAAGUAUAUUAUACGUCAAGUUUUAAAAAAGAACAAAUGAUCAAGUUGUGAAUAGUUCAUCAAGGGUGUUAUAGUGUCUAUUAUGACUCAUUUCAUUUGAUACCACUAUUAAAAGUAAAGUUUCAUUAAUGGAGCAACACUUGUAGGUAUACAUUUAAUCCUAGAGGGAUACACUGUAUAUAGUAUAUUCUCCAAAAUAAACCUGCUUCAGGGUGUGGUGUAUGAAAAAUUGUAUUCGGGGGUCCAAAUUAAAGCUUAUACAGUACAUGAUUGUGUAAUAUCUAGGGUACUCAUCAUAAUAUGAGUUUUAUGCAAAAACUAAGUUUUUCUUGUUGCCCUUAUGACAAACAUUGCCAGUUGGGGCUUAACCUGACGUGCUAUGAUGUAAAAAAUAAAUACUGCAUUUUUAAUCUCCCUCAAGUAGACACCUCUCCUAAGCCCACCCUUUUCCUGCUCCAAUCCCAAGGGCACCUGGUUACAUGAGGAUCGACUGUAUACAAUUAUUAUUAUUUACAUGUAUGUAAAGUUCAUACACAUGAAAAUUAAAUAUUUACAGAUCUAUUGAUUUGUUUUGGAUUUGUA